AUGAAGAUGUUUGUGGUGUUUGUGAUCCUCCUGCACGCUUUCCAGCACGUUUUUGCUGUGGUUGUGGAGGUGAAUGAAGGUGCACUUUCCGUCUUGCUGCCUUGCCAGUACACAGGUGUCAUGCCUGAGGACCCUAUGUUGAUGUGGACUCGCAAUGAUAUUGAUCCAAAAUUUGUCCAUGUGCAAGAAGAAGAAGGUCCAAAUCUUGAAGAGCGAAACCAGCGUUACAGUGGACGUACAUCAGUGAGGCCUGAUGGUCUGGAAAUGAAAGACUUCAGCCUCACUUUGACAAAACCCAAACUGACUGAUAGUGGCAACUACACCUGCUCCAUCAGUAAUGGAAGGAAUGAACGAAAACUGACAGACGUACAGCUGCAUGUCAAAGUCCUGCAGGUGGAGGUCGAAUCAGGGGUGGAGUCUGUCCAGCUGCCCUGCAAAACUACAGCUCAUCUGCCUGAAAAUUGUAAAGUGGAGUGGAUGGAUGGUGAUGAAGAUGAGGUCCAUGUGUAUCAGAACGGCUCUGACCAGCCUGAACAACAGGACCAGGUUUACAGAGACCGAACGAAGAUGAAUGAAGACCUGCUGAAAACUGGAGACCUCAGUCUGACCCUGAAACAGCCCACAGAUGAAGACAGAGGCACCUACACCUGCACCGUCUACAGCAGGGAGGGAAACAUCCUGCUGAAGAAACAAGUGGAGCUGAAAGUCAGAGACCAGCAAGUGGUGGUUAAAGUGGAGGAAGGCUCAGACUCCGUCAUCCUGCCCUGUAAAACAACACCUGACCUGCCUGAGGCCACCACAGUGGAGUGGACUCGCUCUGACCGAGAACUCAUGAUGAUCCAUGUGUAUUCAAACAGAAGUGACCACCUUAAGAACCAGGACGACCUUUACUGUGGUCGCACGAAGAUGAACGAAGACCUGCUGAGAGCUGGAGACCUCAGUCUGACCCUGAAAUACCCCACAGAGAGAGACAGUGGAGGAUACAUCUGCACCAUCUACAGGGACAAAGACAUCCUGAGACACAAAGUAGUGCUGCAGGUCAAAGAACCAUUUCCAUCCUGGGCGAAAGCUGUUCUUGUGCUCCUGUUUCUCCUGGUUCUUCUUGUGGUUUUUGGAGGUCUCAUAUAUAAUUUCCGGCACUAUUUCAUGUCAGGUUACAAGGUGGAGGUGGAUUCAGAGGUGGAGUCUGUCCAGCUGCCCUGCAAAACCACAGUUUUGCUGUCUAAAGACGCUAAAGUGGAGUGGAAGGACAUGAAAGACAGGAAGGUCCACGUGUAUGAGAACGGCUCUGACCAGAAUGAAGAACAGCACCAGGCUUACAGAGUUUACAAGGUGGAGGUGGAUUCAGGGGUGGAGACUGUCCAGCUGCCCUGCAAGUCCGCAGUUUGUCUGCCCAAAGACGCUAAAGUGGAGUGGACUGAUGGUUACAGGAAAGUCCACGUCUAUGAGAAUGGUUCUGACCAGCCUGAAGAACAGCAUCCAUUUUGCAGAGGCCUAAUUAGAAUGAAGAGAAACUUGCUGAAAAUUGGAGACCUCAGUCUGACCCUGAAAUACCCCACAGUCACAAACACCUACACCUGCACCAUCUACAGCCGGGAGGGAAACAUCCUGCUGAAGAAAGAAGUGCUGCUCAGUGUCAGAGUUUCCCAGCAUGCCUCAGCUGUGGAAUCAUAUGAGGGGGCAUCAUUUGUAGUGCUGCCCUGUGAGUUUGAUACUUUCAACCUAAGAAAUGCAUCGGUGGUGUGGAGUCGCUCCGACCUCAGUCCUCCAACCGUCCACCAGCGUCAGCUUCAAGGAGACGAACUGAAAGAUCAAAACCAGCGUUACAGCGGCCGAACAUCCAUGAAGACUGACGCUCUGGAUACUGGAGACCUCAGCCUGAACCUGACCAACCUCCAACU